AUGUCCCGCUCGCCAGGAGAUGUCGCAUCCUCGCCAGACUCGAGCCGCGCCGGAGGCCUCGCCAACGUCUUCAAGGGCUUGACCGGUGCCAAGUUGACCAAGUCCCCGCCUCCCAUCGCCCAGUCCAUCUUCCCUCCCGUCAUCUCGCCCAUGGUCGACCGCCCGACCGGAGCCACCCCCGUGGCCGCUGAUGUCCUGUCCAGAAACCACAUGGAGGCCUUUGAGCAGCUCAAGAAUGGUUCGCCGAACGAGCGUGUCGCCGCAGCCGAUUCCCUUCGAUAUGCCAUCUCCGAAUACCCACUCAGCCCUGUCCUGGAUAUCUGGUACGCUGCGAAAGACCUGAUCGAUGCAGGAAAGGCUAGCGCGGCUCGUAUCGCAGGUUGGGAACUGCUCGCCGAAUGUGUCAAGCACAAAUCAUCCACCGACCUCGAGCGGAAAGAGUUCUUCCAGACCCUUACGGCGCCCGCCAACCCAGAGGACUUUCAUCUCCAGCUCGCAUCACUUGUUGACCUGACGAACCACGGCCGCGACCUCUCUGGAUUCGACUAUGACGUUAUUCCGCUACUUCGAAAAUGGCUGCGCGAGGCGUACCAAGCUGUUAAGGUGGCGAGGAAGCACGCGAGCCGUGACGCCAAGAGAAAUCCGAAACUGAGAGUCUCUGUAGCGGGCGAAGAGAAGAACCUACAGCAACUCUUCACGUUUAUCGUCGAGGUCACCAAAUUCAGUUCCAAUGUCGCUGACGAGACUGCGCUUGCCGGCUUGGUCAAUGCUCUUGUCGCCAUAUGCUUGAACACGAUCGUCGAAGACGAUCUGCGUGCAUGCAUUGGCGUCAUCGAUGCCAUCGUCACCUUUGGGUCCUUGCCCAGCGGCAGCUUCAGGGAAUGUGUCCUGGUUCUUGGUUCCAUCUUCUGCCUAGUGCCCAAUCUCCACAAACCUGCUUGGCACACUUUGUCGAUCAUUCUCAAGUCGCACAAUGGCCACGCCACAGUGAGGGUGCUGUUGGACCUUCUUCGCGACCUGCCAGCGGACGGCAACAGCAAGGGCAAGGACACUAGAGACAUUCGCGGCGCCUUGGCUGUCCUAGAGAAGCUCGUGGCGAAGAGUACCGAGAAGGGGUACCCCACUGUCCCCUUCACCCUCCUCAUGAACGGUCUCGUGGCUACAGUUCAGUGCACGCCGUCGGCCCGGGUUCACUGUGCCGUUCUCAAGCUCCUCAACUCGCUCUUCAGCGACAGUGACGGCAAGCUUCACCAUAUGAUCGCUGAGGAGAACUGGACGACGGCACUCAGCAUUGCCACAGAGUGUUCCAAGAAAGCAACUCAGGCCACUUCAGGUGACAACGACGCCACCAAGACUGAGACUGACUCUGACCGACCUUAUGAAGCUAUUCGUCGUGAAUUGCUGCGCAUGAUUGCUCGUCUCGAAAGUCUGAUGACGAGCAAAAAUGGCAGCUUCGUCCCUCGACCCGUCGUCAUACAGUUUUUCAUGGACGUCCACACUCUGAUCCCUGACUCUACUGCCGUCGUUGUGCUUGACUACUUCCAGGAAUUCAGAUGUUGCUCUCCAUCAGAUCUGGAGUGGGAAGACAAUCUGGCUUUGGUUCGUCAAGGCUUCUUUGGCAAUAGGCAGCGCUCUUCGCAUGUCCGACUCCUGGCCCUUCGUUCCAUCACGGAUGCAUACGAGAUGAUGGACCUCGUUGGCGAGGAGAUGGAAGAGGACUGCAUUGCCACUCUAGUGAAGGAUCUUCUCAGCGACGUCUCAGCCGAGACAGACGUUGCCGUUUUGGACGCCCUCAUUUCGCUCAUGGUCGAUGUCGCCAUUGCGUCUGACCAGGAGCUCUUCAACUUCAUUACCAGCACUCUCAAGAGCCUUGUCGUCAGCGACAGACUGGAGCCGCCCGCCUCGCAAUUACUUUCGCCUGGCGCUCCGCCGACCUUGGAGCGAUCUCCAUUCGAGUCAGAAUCGUCAAAGUCGGAUAUUGUUACCCAAGGUUUCGUCCGGCUCUUUAUGCGCUGCAUGAAUGCGAACGGACUCAAAUCAGCAAAGCUCUUCGAUAUCUUGGUCAGCAUCGCUCGAGGGAGCCACAACCAAAUCGACGCUCGGCUCACAGCAAUGAAGCUCCUCUUCAGACUCAGAGCUGACUGGGCCAGCUCCAUCUUCCUCACAGUCGAGACGGAAGCAGAAGGCCUCGCAGCCUCUCUAUACCGUACUGAAGCAUCGCUUGCUCGAAAGCAGGCUGGUGACGCCACCUUGUCAGCGCGAGCGUCGAGGGCCGAACAUGGUGGCCCUGUGAGAUCGGCCAGAGCUAUAUCGUUCAGUCAUGCCGGCACCCAGGAUCGAUCAUAUCCCAUCCGAUCCGUCAGCGGUGCGAACAAGACCGUGCCGCGGCAAAAGCACUUGUGGUCACUACCUGACCAAGACGCACUUCCAGAGAAGCCGUCUACAAUCGCGAGCUCUGUCCUGGUGUCUUACUCGGAAAAGGUUUCACACUAUCUGUCCAAUUCGGAGGAGCCCAAGGCCGAAGAGGACAACAUGCAUCAGGUGGCUCUCAACGUGACAGCAUGGUUGGAUACCAUCAACACCAUUUUCGAGAACGGCUGUGACUGGGAGGUUUUCAGCAUGAUACUGGUGCACCUGCCCUCACAGCUUAGCAACCAUGCCAUGUUCCGCGGGGCACUGAACGAGAUGCAAAGGCUUCGCCGUGUCGUGUGCGAGCAGAUUCGAUUGAAUGCUUUUCAGGAGCCCCCCAUAUACACGGGUCUCCGACGGGCUGAUGUUGCCAUCUGUCUGUUCCACAGCUUGACCAUGAUUCUGAGCUACCAUGAACACUUCCUUAAAGACCAAGAAGACGAAAUCGUGCGAGCCUUUGUGCACGGCAUUUCGACAUGGGAGAGGUGCGCGAAGUAUUGCAUACAUGCUCUGUCCAUUUGCUGUCAUGAACUGCCACUUUCGACGAGUAAGUGUUUAGUGCAGAUGCUCCAAAAGAUGGCCCAGAUCAUCACGCAACCACACGUCGCCAUGCACAUCCUCGAGUUCCUGGCCGGUCUCAGUCGGCUGCCGGCCUUGUACGUCAACUUCAGGGAGGAAGAGUAUCGCAUCGUGUUCGGAAUUUGCAUUCGGUACCUGCAGUACAUCCGCGACAAACAGCAAAAUCACCGAGCCCUUGAGCUGUCACCAACCACCGUUGAUGGCAACUCUGCAUCAACGGACGACCUGCCGCAGUACGUGUACUCGCUAGCACACCACGUCAUCACUUUUUGGUUCCUGGCGUUGAGGCUCCCGGAUCGUUCCAAUCACGUGGGUUGGAUCGCCAAGAACCUCUUCGCAAACGUCGAGAGCGGGCAGGGCCUUGAAGAGCAAGCCAUGGUCACGAUCGAUUUCAUGCAGCGGGUUGCGUAUGCGGACGCAAACGAGUCAUCGUGCGACCCUCUCUUCACCAAGGAGAGGUUCGGAGAGAUAUUGACGCGGAGGUGGCUGAUAGGAAACAGCAUCGUCACAAUUGAGCAGGCCACAGCCACCGGUUGGGCCCAGAUCACUAAGAGGCAGCCCUCAGGCACGUCGUCUUACAUUGUCAGGGAAAACUUCCGACCGCCACCCGCUCACCAGACAAUGCAAGGAACCGAAGUGGUUCGGGCCAGCGACCACAGUAACAAUGUGCUGCCCAGUCAUCUGAUGGUCCAACUCAUGACAUCCAUUCCACAGACUUCCGAGUCGCUACGGCCCAUUCCACUACCCGACGAUGACGCCGUACAGAGAGCUAUCAGAGUUUUCGACCGCAACUCAACGGUUGACGGCCACAAGGUGGGUGUGAUUUACAUUGGCGAGGGCCAGACGGAUGAAGUCGAGAUUCUCUCCAACGUAUCUGGCAGUAGCGACUAUGUUGAAUUCUUGAACGGUCUGGGGACCCUCACAAAGCUGAAGGGAUCGACGUUCAACACCCAGGGCCUUGAUCGAGAGUACGAUUCGGACGGCCAGUACACGUUCUGCUGGCGGGAUCGCGUCACGGAGAUGGUCUUUCAUGUCAUCACACAGAUGCCGACGAACCUCGAUCGUGAUCCGCAAUGCAUUUUCAAGAAGCGUCACAUUGGAAAUGACUUUGUCAACAUCAUUUUCAACGAUUCAGGCCACCCUUUCCGUUUUGACACGUUCCCAAGCGAAUUCAACUACGUCAACAUAGUCAUUACGCCCGAGUCUCGCGCCUCUUUCAUUGCGAGUCGUGAGGCGCCGCCUGCGGACAAGCAGCAAUUCAUGCCGUUUUACAAGGUCCAGCUGAUGAGCAAGCCUGGGUUCCCGACCAUUUCUCCCGCGUCGGAGACCAAGAUGGUAUCCCUGAAGGCGUUGCCAGGCUUCAUUCGCCUCCUCGCACUCAACGCGUCCGUAUUCUCCCUGGUCUGGGCCAAUCGUGAAGGUGGCGACACAGUCAGCUCGUGGCGGAACCGCCUCCGCGAGAUCAAGCGACUUCGAGAAAAGCAUGGCUACACACCGGCUACGCCGACGAACCACCAAAUCACAUUCGGCCAGUCGCCCUUUGGACAGCCACAAGCAGGCGGCUCCACGCCCUCGCCGCCAACCACAUCUCUCGGCGGAGGGCACCACGGCGGCAGCCUCACGGCCGCCACCCACUCCCAGGCGGCUGCUGCCGAUCUCUCCAGACCGGCCAGCAGCGUGCGAGACAGUUUCGGCAGCAGCCUGCGCCGAUCCUCGGUCGCGACCUUCUUCACAAGCACGAGCGAGCAGACAUCGCAUCGCAGCUCCAUGCUAUCAACGACGACAACGACAAACGACACGGAGAUUUCGCCAAGCACCGGCCUCGACUCCCUCGUCGAGUCGGUCGAUUUCUCCCGGUGGGCUUAA